CAAUCUGUCAAACCCGGUCCGCAUCGCUCCGUUCAUCGCGGUGUGGUGUUUACAAAAAAAAAUUAAGUCCUCGACCUCCGUCAGCAUCCGCCAGGACAUCGUCGCCGCUUCUGUCCGCCUAUGUCUGCACUAAACCAGCUCUACUGCCAGCCAAACUAAACCCAGCAAUCAAAACAUGGAACGAAACUACCGCGAGGACCAGACGAACGAGAUCGAGGCGCUGGACUCGAUAUACUGCGGCGAGCUGGAGGUGCUGGCCAGUGAACCGCUGCACCGGUUUAAGCUGCCGAUUGCGACCACCGACUACGGGCUGGAACCGACGGAGGAAGAGGAGGAGGUGAUGGAGGGGCUGUGCUGCAAGCUGGUCUUUUCCUACACGGAACGCUACCCGGACACGGCGCCGCUGGUCGAGAUUGAGGACCCGGAAAACUUCCGCGAGGGCUACGAGGAGGGCCUGCUCGAGAACAUCCAGGAGACGAUUAAGGAGAACAUUGGAAUCGAGAUGAUCUUCUCGCUGGUCAGUUCGGCCCAGGAAUGGCUGAACUGCAAGUACGACGAGCUGAAGAGCGCAGCGGACAGUGAAAAGGAGGCGGCACUGCGCGCCAAGGAGGAAGAGGAGCGGAAAAAGUUCGAAGGAACGCGCGUCACCGUCGAGUCGUUCAUGACCUGGAAGACCAAGUUCGAGCUGGAUAUGGGCAUUACGGAGCGCAAGGAGAAGAUCCUCGGCGAAACGCGGAAGCUCACCGGCAAGGAGCUGUUCAUGCAGGACAACACGCUGAACGAGUCCGAUCUCAAGUUCCUGAUGGAUGCGGGCGAACCGAUUGAGAACGUGCGCAUCGACGAAACGCUCUUCCAGAAUAUUGAAGAUUUGGAGCUGGACUCGGAAGACGACGACGACGAGGACUACGUGCCGGACGAGAAGUGAAGGGCCGGAGCUGUUUUUUUUAUUCUUUACUUUUGCAUAUUAGGACUUACAAAAUAUACGCGGAAGCUUAUUUAAACGGAAGAACCGGUUUA